CUCGUACUUGGUUUCCUCUUGCUCUUUGGAUUUCGUGUCGGAGGAAGGCUUUUUGGUCCUAAAUCCUGAUUGUGACGGAGGAAAGGAAGGAGGCGGCAAACUAGGUUGUCGGUGGUUGGUCAGUAUCAGUUGCAGACUAUUUCGUGGUAGUGUGUGUUGGACUACUAUAGAAAAAUGAGUUUAGACAGCAGGAGCAAGAGGAGUCCGGUGGGCCGGAAGAUUUGCUCUGAUCGUUUUUCUUACCGGGAUGCUCGUUAUAGGAGAGAUUCUCGUCGGAGUUUCAGCCAAAGUAAUCUGUGCAACAACUGCAAGCGGCCGGGCCAUUUUGCUCGAGAGUGCCAUAAUGUGUCGAUCUGUCACAAUUGUGGCCUUCCGGGGCAUAUCUUAUCAGAAUGUUCCACAAAAUCCUUGUGCUGGAACUGCCGUGAACCUGGUCACAUGGCGAGUAACUGCCCUAACAAAGGCAUUUGCCACACCUGUGGCAAGGCCGGGCAUCAAGCAAAAGACUGCACAUCGACCCAGCUCCAACCGGGGACCUUAGACUAUGCAACAACUGCUAAAAGCAAGGGCACAUUGCAGCGGACUGCACAAAUGAAAAGGCCUGCAACAACUGCAGGAAAACAGGGCAUUUGGCUUGUGAUUGUACAGACGACCCUGUGUGCAACCUGUGUAAUGUGGGCGGUCAUGUGGCUAGGCAGUGCCCUAAAGCUGGCACGAUGGGAGACAGAGGAGGCAAUCGCGGUUACAGAGACCAACGGGAUAUUGUUUGCAGGAACUGUAGGCAGGCGGGUCAUAAGAGCAGGGACUGCACUGCUGUGGUGACGAUUUGUAAGAACUGCGGUGGACGAGGGCACUUUGCUUACGAGUGCCCUUCUGCAAGGCUCAUCAACCACCACUACCUUCGGAGAUUCUGACUGAUAACAAAGAUUGGCCAGAGUCCGGACAGUACAUCUUCACCGGAGUUGUACAGUCGGCUCUCUUACAAGAUCGGAUUUUGAUCACAGAAGGUGAGUUAAGUGAUUUUCGAAAAACAGAAACUGAGAAUGUUUCUUUAGAAGUGAUGAGCUGUAUCUGCUGAUGGACACUUUCCGGGUGCUGUUCUUGUGAGUUCAAUCUUUAAAAUUCAAUAUUUCAAUGAAAAUGUAGCAUCUACGUCAUAUAUAUAGAAUCUAUUAACACAGAUUAA